GGCUCGAGUGGGGAGAGACCGGUCCACUGCAACUGUUAACUACUUGAAAUCGGAAGGAAAAUAAAAUCAGUCGACGAAAGCGCGUCUUGGUGUGCAGAUCCGAAUGUAAAAUGCCGCGCCGCGUCCUUCUGCUCCUCCUCAGUGCCUUCUCCAUAGUGCACUCUGCGAAGAACGUCUCCUUCCUCGCGAAGAACGUCACCAUCUCCAAAUGCUGUUCCUUCACAGACACCCUCAACAACGAGAACAAAUGCAUCCCUAUACUAACCCCAAAAUGGACUCUCAAAGUGUUCAGCCCCCGCAGUCACAACUACCUCCCCGAUAACCAGGUGCCCCCCAACUGGCACUUGAAGCCGGCGUCCAAGCCCCCAUGCGCCCUACCGGCGUUACUCACCCCCAAUCUGGGCAACUACAUCUCCUUCCAAAACGGCUCGCUGUACGUGCUGGAGUACAACGAGAUCGUGCACCCGGACAACUUCUGCAUAGACUAUGCCGCUGUUUUGGUGUGUCUCAAAGCGCAACAAGCGGAAAGUGUGACGGCCGUCAGGGUGAAGAAGUGCUGCGGGGAAAAUGCCAUCUUCUCAGAGACCAAUAAGACGUGCAUACAUUUCAAAGACGCGGGGUACAAAAUCGAUAUAGGGCCCGAUAAGACAUUCACCGCGGGAUUUCCCACGUGCGACCACCAGGAGGUCGUCAUCACGGAGAUGCUGAAGGAAGCGGAAAUGCACAAAAAUGGCAGUUUGUGGCUACCGAAGAUGAAGGUGCUCCUACCUGCCGCCAAUUACUGUCUGGAGAAUAUCCUGGAGGAUGCCGGUCAUUCCCCGAAGAUAAUGAUUUGCCAGGAGCAUGUGACGGUGGAGAAGGCCGAGAGCCACGACAUCCGUUUCAUCAUCUACCCAAUAAGUCUGGCCCUUAGCGCGGUUUUUUUGGCGGCGACGCUGGCGGCGGGGGCCAUUCUGCCCGCCAGCCACCACGUGCUGCACUGGCGGUGCCAGACCAACCACGUGGUGUGCCUCCUCGUCGGCAACGUUCUGCUGUGCAUAACCCAGCUCUCGGGCCGGAUGGAUCCGACUGUGUGCUUCUCGAUCGCUGUGUCGAUGCAUUUCCUCUUUUUGGCGGCCUUCUUCUGGCUCAACACAAUGUGUUUCAACAUCUGGUGGACUUUUCGCGAUCUGCGGCCGCAAAGCGUCGAAAAGAGUCAAGAGUGGUACCGUUUGCGCCUUUACGAACUCUACGCGUGGGGAGUCCCCGUGGUCAUCGCCGGAACGGCCGCCAUCUUGGACCAAGUGGCCGACAGUUCGAACUUUCUCCGGCCCAAGUUCGGGGACAACACUUGCUGGUUCCACGGUAACAAGGAGAAGUUUACGUUUUUCUACGGCCCCAUCGGCAUCCUCCUCUUGAUCAACUUGGCCCUAUUCGCACUCACGGCGCGAGAAUUGACUUGCGGCUUGUGGAAAAGAGAGCUGGUCAAGAGCACGUCCGAGAGAGCCGCGCUGGGCCGCGUCUGCAUCAAGCUGGUGGUGGUGAUGGGCGUCAGCUGGAUAGCGGAAAUCAUCUCAUGGUUGGUGGGUGGGCCUCAGGAAUUGUGGUACUUGACCGACUUAAUCAACUGUUUCCAAGGGGUCUUUAUUUUCAUUGUGGUGGGAUGCCAGCCUCAGGUUUUGUCUGCCGUGAAACGGCUGUGGUGUUUGAGGAAGCACAGGGCGAAUGGUACCGCGGGUACCACCAACCAUCACUCGUCGAGCUCGCAGGGUAUGCCUUCGAUGGGUGAUACUGUGACGAAUCACAGUGUUACCAACAAUACGACCAAGUCGGUGCCACUGGAGACGAGUUGCUGAUGACGGGUGAUACGAAUGCAUUUUCGGACAAUAAAUAACUUUAUUUUUUUUACUGUAACAAAUUAGGCUAGUCAGCUAUUGACAAAUUGGACGUUGUGUGCAGCAUUCCGUUGUGUUCUUUUUUUUUUGACUGAUUAUUGUGUAUUUAGGUUUAGUUCCUUUAUUUAUGUUGUUUGUUAAUGUUAAGUCGACGUAAAAAGUUUUUCUUAUUUAUCUCUUAUGAUCUUGUGUUAUAAACGACGCCCAGUAUUAUAUCAAUUUUGGUAGUUAUGUUUUUAGCCUGUUUUGUGUAUGUUGUAUGUUUUUGUAAAUAAAGAGUACAAAGUAAGAUUUCAA